UUUCUUUUCUAUGAUGAUUGACGUUUUAAACUAGUGUGACCUCUGCAGUUCUUACAUUCCUCCAUUAUAAGUCAGAGACGCUUGUUCUCUUUGUGUUCCCUGUUCCACCCUCACAUAUUUUAAGCCAUUGUGUGAGUUAAUAGGCAGGUCAUUGUUACUUGUCAGUAGGCUGCUGGGUGUAUAGUUAAACGUGUUUAGUGUGUGCUAGGGGUGAUGAAACCACAACAACAUAUUUAGUUUAAAAUUCAAAGUUUAAUUUAGUAUUAUUUAUUUGAAGGAAACGCGUAGUUUUCAAUCAUAAAUAUUUUUUACCUACGUAAUGAUCAAACAACUGAUAUUGAGUGAUGUGAAACAUACAUUUAACGUCAGGGGUGUCGCGGUAGGGAAAACAAACUCCCUCCGAGUUCGCCACCUCGCACGGCAUUGUGGGAGACAGAGGAGGUGCGACGCCUGACGGUAAAAGCUAGAUGGCUUUCUUCCCCCCGUGCUGCGUUUGCGUUUAGCUACACGGCUACGUGCUUUGAUGGCAUGCACCGUGAGGAGCUUAACUGAGUUUCGUGCGGGUCCAACUGACGGAGAGCAGCGCAGCGAUGGGCGGCGAAACCGUGAGCGUGGUCUUCAAGCUGUACUGCCUGACGGUGAUGACGCUGGUGGCCGCUACGUACACCGUGGCUCUGCGCUACACCAGGACCAUUUCCACAGGUGAUCUGUACUUCUCCACGACCGCGGUGUGCAUCACGGAGGUCAUUAAGCUGGUCCUGAGUCUGGGGAUGCUGGCAAGAGAAACAGCCAGCCCGUCCAGGCUGAAGAACGCUCUAGUGGAACACGUGUUCCUGAGUCCAAAGGAGCUGCUGAAGCUGAGCGUGCCGUCCAUCGUGUACGCGGUCCAGAACAACAUGGCCUUCGUCGCCCUGAGUAACCUGGACGCGGCCGUGUAUCAGGUGACCUAUCAGCUGAAGAUUCCGUGCACGGCCCUGUGCACCGUGCUCAUGCUGAACCGCUCCCUCAGCCGGCUGCAGUGGUUCUCUGUCUUCAUGCUGUGUGGGGGCGUGUCACUCGUCCAGUUGAAGCCUGCAGAGGCCACCAUGGUUCAGAUUGAGCAAAGCCCUUUGCUUGGGUUCACGGCCAUCGCUGUUGCUGUUCUCUGUUCAGGAUUUGCAGGCGUGUACUUUGAGAAGGUCCUGAAGAGCUCCGACACGUCGCUGUGGGUGAGGAACAUCCAGAUGUACCUGUCUGGGAUAGUGAUCACACUUCUAGGCGUUUACAUGACGGACGGUGAUAAGGUCCUGGAGAAGGGCUUCUUUUUCGGCUACACGCCCUGGGUUUGCUUCGUAGUGUUCCUGGCCAGUGUGGGAGGCUUGUACACGUCAGUGGUGGUGAAGUACACAGACAACAUCAUGAAGGGCUUUUCUGCUGCAGCUGCCAUUGUUUUGUCAACUGUGGCCUCAGUUGCUUUGUUUGGACUACAGAUAACCAUCACCUUCGCCUCGGGGGCCGUUCUCGUCUGCGUCUCCAUCUACCUUUACGGACUUCCAAGGCGAGACACGACCAAGCUGACCCUCGAGGCGUCGCACCAGGAGUCCAGUCAGAAGCUGGCCAGCGUGUGACCUGCUCACGCACAGCCUCUAAACCUGUGGCAGCCUUCUCUCCUGCGGAUGGGAUGGAGCCCCUGCACUGGUGGGUUAGGGUUCAGUUGAUCACAUGGACAGUAACGUUUCUCUGCCACUUUAAUGUCGUUCUGCUUCUUCGAUCCAGCCGAUGCUGACCCACAGGAAUCUUGAAAAGGUUCAUUUUUUUUUAAAAUCUUUUUGAAUUAUUUGAAAGAACUUUUGAUGUGUCAUCUUAGCCAUGUAUUUACAGGACUCUAUGUCCAUGUAGCAGUUAAUGGGGAAAGUACAUUUCCUUACUUAAUGUUUGAUUUUUAUGUCAUUAAUGCAUCUGAUCUAAACUAUUUAGUGUUAAUUCUGAACGUGACCAACUCACCUAUGAAGUGUGAAUGAAGGCAGAUGAGAUGUUUGGUGAGUUGUAUGUGACAUGUUUUUGUAACGCAAGUCAAAUUUGAAUUCAAAUCAAGUCAGUGUUAAACUUUUUAGUACUUUUUAGUUUAGAUCCCAGUAUUGUAAGUGACAGCUGCAACAUGAAGUGUUCAGUUAUACUAAAGAAAAGGAUGCUCUUCUGAGAACUGCAGAUAAAAUUUCAACAACUUAA